GCGUCCAGAGUGAGGCGUCCCACCAGCAGUUGUCACUUGUGCAGCAGUCGAUGGCACAUGUGCUGCUCUGAGUUGGAGCCUGUCUCUCCUCAGGACUGUAUCCCUCUGUGAUCUUUCACUUGGACUAUCUCGCUCUUUUUCAAAUUAACCGGCCUCAAUCCAAAAUCCAGACUUCUUCUUUUUCUGUUUGUGUCAGAGCACUUCUACACCGCCUUUUGGCAUCUUUAAUCUUUGACGGAGCUGCCCAGCUGAGGUGAAGGGGAGGGCAGAGGAUCCCAGUUCAGCCUGAGUGUGGAUGACCUGCCCCCAGAAACAGGACCAUGAUCUGAAAAGGACGCCUCACACCGAACCCCAUUUUUUCCUCUCCUCCUCCUCCCUAUUUUUUUUCUUUCUUUUUUUUUUUUUUUUGUUUGGAUAAAUCUACGAGGUGACAGCCUCUCUGCCUCGCUGCUUCUAUCAGAGUCAGCGUGCACGGAGAGGACAAACUGAAAGACAUUUAAGGAGGAAGAAAUACAGCGACAGCCAUCCGUGACCUCUGACCUCGCCACUCCCCCUUGCCCCUCCCACCGCCACACCGGAAACAUGGGGAGGAAAAAGAUUCAGAUUCAGAGGAUCACUGACGAACGCAACAGACAGGUGACGUUCACCAAGAGGAAGUUUGGUCUGAUGAAGAAGGCCUAUGAGCUGAGUGUCCUGUGUGACUGCGAGAUCGCCCUCAUCAUCUUCAACCACUCCAACAAGCUGUUCCAGUAUGCCAGCACCGACAUGGACAAGGUCCUGCUCAAGUACACCGAGUACAACGAGCCGCACGAGAGCCGGACCAACGCCGACAUCAUCGAGACGUUGCGAAAGAAAGGCUUUAACGGCUGCAACAGCCCCGAGCCCGACGGAGAUGACUCCAUCGACCAAAGCCCGCUAAAUGAAGAGAAGUACCGCAAGACCGAGGACCUGGACAGCCUCUUCAAACGCUACGGCUCCACAGUCCCACAGCCCACCUUCUCCAUGCCAGUCACCGUGCCAGUAUCCAAUCAGAAUGCAGCGGCAGCGGCGGCAGCAGCCCUCCAGUUCAGUAACAACCCCGGCGGCGCCCUGGUCACCACCACCUCCUUCGUCACCUCCACCCUCACAGACCCCCGCCUCCUGUCGCCACAGCAACCAGCUCUGCAGAGGAACGCUGUGUCGCCAGGGUUACCACAGCGACCAGCCAGCGCAGGAGCUCUGUUAGGAGGAGAUCUGGGGAAUUCAAAUGGAGCGUGCCCGAGUCCAGUCCCAAACGGCUACAUCAGUGCCAGGGCCUCCCCGGGCCUCCUCUCCGUAUCCAACGGCAACAGCCUGGGGAAAGUAGUCCCGGCUAAGUCUCCGCCUCCGCCCAGCCCUCAGAUGGUCAACAGCCGCAAGCCGGACCUGAGGGUCAUCACCUCGCAGAGUGGCAAGAGCCUCAUGCAGCUGACAGAGGAAGAGCUGGAGUUGGUGAGUGAGAAUGCUCAGCGGCUAGGUGGCUCCCAGGUGGCGCAGUCGCUCACCACGCCAGUGGUCUCCGUGGCAACACCCAGUCUCCUAGCGCCCUUCUCCGGCAUGCAGACGGCCUACAACACUGAGUACCAGCUGACGAGUGCAGAUCUCACAGCGCUCCAGACGUUCACACCACCAGGGCUGGUGCCUGGCAACAUGGCUGCCUGGCAACAGCAACAGCAACCAGCAGUCUCCCAGCAACAACAGCAGCAGCAGCAGCAGCCCGGCCUGGCGUCGCUCAGUAACUUGGUCAUGUGGGGUGCAGAGAAACAGAGUGCGGAGAUGGUUAACUGCAUCUCCACUUUUGCUGCUAACCUGAGCCUGGCCUCUCAGUCCAACUUGCUCUUUGGCAGGGAGGAGGGCCUCUGCUGGCCGGUGGGUCACAUAUCUCAGAGUGCCGCACUGACAGUCAACACAAACCCAAAUGUCAACAUUAAGUCCGAACCUGUCUCACCAAACCGCGACCGCAGCACUCCCAGCUCCAUCAGCGGCGGCGGGGGAGGUGGAGGCGGAGGAGGCCAGGUUCAACUGCAGGGACAAGGUCUGGUGUCGGUCGCCUACCCGGGGACCCUGCGCCUGGAAGUGGGAGGUCAAGGACGCUCGCCAGUCGACAGCCUCAGCAGCAACGGCAGCUCGUACGAAGGCAGCGACCGGGACGACGGCACCCAGGGACGAGGCGGAGCUCAAGACUUCCUCCACCAGGCGGGCGCCGGGGGCCAACAGCCCACCAUGGUCCUCAUGCGGCCCCCUUCAGCCGAGCCCCAGGAGCAGGACGGGACCAACGUCAAGAGAAUGAGACUGGAUGCCUGGGUCACAUGAAGAGGUGACCGCAGAGGGAUGGAUGGACGGACGGACAGAUGGAGAAUGGAGAUGUGUACUUGUGGCUUGUGUACAUGCCCCCACCAGCCCUUAUGCCCCUGAGCUCCCUCUUUGUGCACACACACACACACACACACACACACACACACAUAUUAUAUAUAUAAAUAUAUAUACCCGCCAUCGACCCAGUAACCUACUGUCCACACAGGAAACGCUGACCUCACACACACAGACACACAGACACAACACAAGCAUGCUAACACACCGUCAUGUCACACGGAUGGACACUGACACACACUUGUAUGACAAUGUGCAUACACAUUUGAACUCUAAUGUACUUUCACACACACGAAACCCCAGAGGGGUUGAGCCACAGAACCAGGGAUUAUUUGUCAAACAAUUUAUUCAGCUGUAUUUGAAUAGAAGUGAAUUGUUGUUAACGAGGCCACGGUGGCUUGUAAAAUCCUAAAUUUGGCCACUCGGACUAUUUCACCCAACAGCCGCUGGCAGAGCAGACACACACCUUGGUUUCCCAGCAUGCCCUGCAUUUGGUGAGCGGCUGGUGGUGUUCUCCCUCCCUCUUGUCCUUACCGUCUGUAACUACGCUGCUUUCAGUCAGCGCCACCAAGUGAGUCCACUUGUUUGUACACAUCGGCCCGACCACGGCUGUGUUGCUAUCGCUCUAGAUUCUUGGGCCGUUUUGCUCUUUUUAAAGCGUGGAGUUUUUGUCCUUCUGUCUUGACUGUUGAUCUUUAGAGUUUGGAUUCGUCUCAGUUUUGAAUAUGAAGACACUAAAAGAAAACGUCGCCUCCCUCCCCAGCCGAGCCAGCGGCCACGUCCACAGGCCGGCACUUUGGCCCUGCACGAGAGACUGAUGACCCGCGGGUCUUUAUUUAAUCUGAACCAUGCAGACUAGCUGUAAAACCAGUGAUUUGUUGUCGAGGUAAAAGACUGCUUUUCUUUGUAUCAGGGACGAGCUGCAGCAGCUCAAUGACACAGAUACUCCUAGUUUCGCCCACAUCUUGUCAACUACAGAUGCUGAAAAGGACGUGUGUGUGUUUGGUGUGUGUGUGUGUGUAUGUGUGUGUGUGGUUUGUUACCUCAACUGGUCGUUUUUUAACAGUAAUUUAGGCAAAAUGUUCAUUCUGACUUUCAUCCUUCGAACACACACCUGCAAUGCACACAGCUGAAAUUAUUUUUGUGAAGCGACUCAUGUUUUGAAUAGAUAGCUGAUGUUCAAAGGGGAGAUGGCGAGGUACCGUGUAUAUAAGCAAUCUGUAACCUUUGUGGCUUUUGUGUGACAGGGAUGAAGUGUUAUUGAAGGUUAAAAAAAAAAAUCAUAUACAAGUAUAUAUUAAAACGGCUUCAGGCGGCAGGGAUGGCGGCUCUGCAUCUGGAGCAGGAGACUACAACAGACGACAGGGAUUGUAUAUAUAAACUUUAUAUUCGGCAGGAUAUCCCUCAACGAAAGAGAAAAAAAACAUGUUGAUUCUCAGCGCAUCGGUCUCUUUUUUAUUAUUAUUUAUGCGUGUAUAUAAAGUGUAACGUUUGGACGAGCCAGCAGAGGGAGCUGUAGAGGCAGAAAGGGAAGACGUAGCCGCGGUGACUCAGACUGUUUUAAGUGAGUAAUGGUUAGGACUCUGUCACUGAUGGAGCGCACUUUACCUGAACCCCCACCCCUGACCCUUAACACACCUGACCCCUGGACACACACACACACACACACACACACACACACACUAGGGUUAGACUGAUACCUACUUAUAAGGCUUCUGUUAUUCCACAGAUACAAUUCAAAGUUUGCAGUUUUUAUUUAAUCCUCUAUAAUUAUUUAUUUCUGUACAUCCACCAAUCACAGCUCAGUUUACAACCCUGGGGGCCGGACCACCUUAAAUUUUUACUGUGGCUGAUUGGCUGCCUGCUUGAAACAAAUUAACUGAGUUAAAUUGAUCACAGAACAGAAACUGUGAACUAUGAAAUUUAAUAAUGAGACGAAAUAUAACAAGAAAUUAAAUUAAAAUAACAAAAAAAGUACAAAUUAAAAGUCCCUAAAAAGAAAAUUGCAAUUCUAUUUAAAACUUUUAAAAUAAAAUAUCAAAAACUACCACUGAAGAUAUUUUUAUUGAUAUUAUUUUAUCAAAUGUAUUUGAAAACGUUUAAUAAUAACAGAGAUAACUGGCACAUUUAAUGUUUAUAAUAUCAUGUUUUCUACUAAUAGUUUAAAAGCACCAAUUGUAAACUUAAUAAAUAAUUUAUGAUAGUUUGCUUUUAUUAUUAUCAGUUAAGUAGCAAAUAAACCACUGGGAAAAAAAAUAGAUUUACAGCUACUUCUAAAAACACUUAAAGGUCCAGUGUGCAGGAUUCAGGGGGAUCUAUUAGUAAUAUAAUAAGUAUAUUUUCUUGAAAAAGACAAUCAUUGUGUGUUCAUUACCUUAGAAUGAGCCGUUUAUAUCCACAUAGGGAGCAGGUCAUGGAUGUUUUAAGAGACCUGGAAACAGUUAGAAGGCGGGCCCAUUAAUCUUUAUGAAAGUUGCUCAGCAGUGCAUGAAGCCAAAAUGGUUCAGCUUACCAGAAUGAUCGGCGCUGCGUCCGCACUGUGCGACACAUAGUCCAAGUGCACUAGAGACUACUUUACUUGUACAUGUAGCACUCUGCUAACUUGAAUGGGGAUAAAAUGAUUUAAUCGCGCAGCUCUUCCAGAUGUUAUCCGAGGGAAUGGUUUAAAUCCCGAUGGUGAAACAAGUCAUUUCGAGGGGGUUGUGAUGCUAAAAAAAUAUACCCACUGAUUCACAGAUGUCUCUUUCCCAAUGUAAGUCCCUAGGAAAAAGUCUUCUUGGGCCACAGGGCAUCACGUGAUGGACCCAGAUGUUGUAAUUCCACUGUUUGGCCACUAUGAAAAUUGACUUCAAAGCCUGGCGCAGUUCCUUGGGGUCCUCAGCAGGUCUAUGGAGAUCGCCAUGUUGCGCUGCUGUGUUUCCACGGUAGCCCAGAACAGACAAACCAAACACUGGCUCUAGAUAGGGACAUUUGCGGUAUCGCAUCGGCCACCGUAGUGCAAGCCCCUCUGUUAUGAGAGCAUCAGAAUAUUACAGAUUAUUAACGGGCAACAGCUUUAUUCAGUGUUUUUACCACUUUAAAUCACCUGGUUUGUUUGUUUGGGAGGCGUCUGCAGAUAAUUCUACUCACGUUAAAAACCUAAAAACAAAUUAACGCUAAAGGAAUUCUAACCAGGAGAAGUUUCAGCUGGUUGUAAUUCACAAUCUUCACCACUAGAUGCCACUAAAUCCCCCUAAAUCUUACACACUUAACCUUUAAGUAACUAUUUCAUCUUUCUCUCCACAUUGAGAUUUGAGUGUCUCAUGACGGUCCAAAUCCUCCAUAAAAGGUUUUCACCUUUAAAAUGUUUGCAGAUAAAACUUUUUAUUUUUCAUCAUAUCAAAGUCUUGAGUAUUUGCAGCACCAGAAACAUAUCAGUCAAACUCCAAAGCAAACACACAGAUCGAAUACGAUAAAGUGAGCCAAGGAUGUCCCCUUUUUUAUGCUCGACCUUUUCCUCCUGUUAAAAGCCAUGUAUCUAUAUUUAAAGGAUCUUCUCCUCCGCCUGUCCUGGGUCAGCUGUAGUUUUAUAUAACAGAGCGGUAAAACGACUAUGAAGGUAAAAGAAAAGUGAAGGAUGUCAUUUUUGUACCAAGAGGCAAAGGGUGAUUUAGGGUUUAGUGGGUAGAUUUUAAAACCACAGUGGUCAAGAGUGCAAAUUCAUGUAUUUAUUUUAUUUUUUCUCCUAAAAGCACUCUCAGCCUCCAUCCAUCGCUCGUUAAAAGCUUUGGAGGCAGAGUUUGGGUAUCGUUUGUCGUUAAGCCGGAGGUUUCAGAACCAGUCUUGAUCUUUUAAUGACUACCUCCCAAAUCCAACACAGACUUGUCGACUUUGGUUUUUACCACAUGCAGCCACCACAUCCUCCUCAUGGGCAGGCCCUCUUCACCUCCCUCUCACCCUGUCACUCACUCACUCAUUUACUCAGUUUGUUUUUUAAUCUCACACACACACACACACACACACACACACACACACACAGAGUUCAUCACACACUACUUUUCUGUUUACUCCGUCCAGACAGCGGGUGUCAGCGCCGAAAUGACAAGUCAAAUUAUUUUGGGGUCAUUUCCAUGGGUGACACACACACACAAACACACACACACACACACAUAACUCCCAGCCUCAUCACACACUACUCCUAUCAUCCUCUCCUCACUUCUCUCUCUCCGUCUGUCACUCACUCACACACACUCAUCCACUCUGUGACAAGUCUGAGUGUCAAUAUUGCUUUUCUGAGCGCGUGGCAGAGUGAACAUAAAUCCCUCGAGUGUAAACACUUUGACUGUUAAGGGAUAGUUUGGAUGUUUUGAAGUGGGGUUGUAUGGAGUAGUUAUCCAUAGUCAGUGUGUUACAUACAGUGGAUGUCAAUGUCUGGGAGCCCCCAGUUUGGAGAAGCAGGCUGGAGUCUGACACACUGCACAGUGUACAGUUGUGGAUGGGGGUCAGCAGCAAAACAUAUUUUAGUCACCUAGAAAUAGUCUCAUCUUAAACAAUCAAUAUCAGUUUGAGUGUGCGCUUUAUUGAAAGUAUUUUCACUGCUUUACCUUGAUGUCAUGCAGCCUGGUUUGGCAGGGAAGCAAUUCACGACUUCAGUUCCCCAUCUACAGUAUGCUCUCGUCAAAAACACCAGACUCCAUUGAGAAAAACAGUAAUUUUAGCUUGCUGAACACAGGAGCUGCUGGUCUACUGCUCAGUUAGUUAGUUUGUGUUAUUGUGUGACUUUGGUGAAUCUGGACUAACCCUUUUAAACGCCAAAGUCACACAAUAACAGAAACUAACUAACUGAACCAGGCAGCAGUAGAGCAGCAGCUCCUGUGUUCAGCGAUGUUAAAUCACUGUUUCUCUCAAUGGAGUCUGGCUUUGAUUAGAGCUCUUUAAUGACUGCAUUUUGCUGCUGACCCCGUCCACAGUCUCCACGUGGGACUCCAGCCUGCUUCUCCAAAUCACAGCGCGCUGACUGACAUCUACUGUUUAUAAUACAGAGUGCAAUUUUAAAUCCAAUCUGUCGCUCUACACUUAAAGGAGCUCUGUUGUUCAAAGAAACAGAGCGUUAUAUUUCCACAUGAAUUAACCAACGGUCUGCCACUCUUAAGGUUCAUUCUCACUGCUGUGAUGCGGAAAUGCGGGACGGUUUUGCGGAAUAUUCGCGUUUAAACCAUACACACAGGCGCGGUACGGACGUGGUGCGGAAUUUUGCGUUGUUGUGUUCCAAGUCCGCGCAGUGUGAACGGGUGUGGAUGAACAUGGACGAGAGUAGCAGCAGCAGCAGCAGUGAGCUAGCAAGCUAACGUUUAACAAGCAUCAACAUCAACUUUCUUUAGCACUUACCACUCACAAGCUGGACAAUGGACUGCCAGACGUUGUCCUUUAAUUCAUUGUUCAUAAAAUCAUCCCGUCUUUUAUCAAAAAGGACGGGGUGCUGUGAAACGAGUUUUAUCAACCUUUCUCCCAUACUGUCCUGCCUGACUGGAUUUUGGACUCUCCCGGGUCUGUGCGACGUCACUGUAAACAAACAAUUUCAUUGGCCCAACUGUGUAGUUCCGCUGGGGAAUUCCACAGGGGUCAAAGUCUGGGCAGAAACUUUUUUCACCGCACCAAAGUUCCACCCCGGUGUGCAAACUUCCAUAAGAACCCAUGAAAUCAGCUUUUAUAUUUUUCCGCAAGAAUAAUCCGCACGGAUAUUCACCCUCAGUGAGAAUGGACAUUAAGAGUGCAGGGUUCUGGAUAACCGAACUGUACAUUGCAAAAGCGCUCUGAAUUUACAAAUCGUCGAGUUUGUGCCAGAGUGCUCUCUGGAACUCAAAGUAAGUAUUUCCAAACGCACCCAUACUGUCUAUCAAUAAGUACCUCAAGCAACCCCUCUUCAAAAAAUCAGAGCUAUCCCUUUAAGACUGUUGUACCCUGAGCUUCGAACAAAAUAUAAAUAUAUAAAACUCCGUGUGUGAGGUGCAUAGGUGUGUCAAAAAAUAAGCAGAAUAGCAUCCUUUGUGACGGGACUCACGGGAGUUUUGUUUGUCAGUAGUGGAGCGCGAGGCACGUUCUUUAGAGCAACACUAGGGGUCGCUGUAAUCACAAAACAGGAAGACAAUCGUGCUGAGAAAUAGUUUAAAGAACCUGCAUCCCCCCCUGAAAAAAAAACGAAACGUGCUCCUGUAUAAUGAUGUUUAGAAGUCUCACUCACUUUCCAGUGUUAAUUUGUGCUGGUGACAGUCUGUUUUUAAUUGUUCUCUGAGAAUUGAUAUUAUUAUUAUUAUCAUCAUCGCCACAGCUUUCACUGACAGAAGCUGGCAUGGUGGUAUAGAAAUCUGCGUUUCUUUGUGUAGGUUAGGCAUCUUGUUUUAUUUGGAAUUUUAUUUUAUUAUAUAAAAAUAUUCUAUAAAUAUAUUUUUUGUUUUUCUCUUUUGGGGUUUUCUUUUUUCUUCAAAAAGGGUGUUACUAAUGUUGCACGAUUUUUAUGACAUGAAACAAACAACACAAGCGUAGUGAUAUUAGUACACGUGUGGCUGUGGACGGAGGCGCUGAGCAGGUCGACCGCGACAAAACGCUUCAAUGCUGCAACUUUUGAGUCCAAUGUACAAACCUCUGAGUCCACACACGCUAACAUGGAGGGGGGGGGGUGGGGCGUGACACGUCUAACUUAUUUCUGACCAGACACAAUGAUGUCAAUGCAUGGGCGAAGAGUGAAUCAUGUUAUAGGAAAUAAAAUGUAAUAUCGACACAAAUAUACAUCACACAGAAAUACAUUUAAGAAUAAAAAAGAAAAAAAUGAAAUUGAAGAAAAAAGUUUAAAAUAAAUUAUAGCUAAUAUAUUGUGUUCGGCUAGUCUGCUUUUUUGUUGUAAAGAUAAUUUUUUUGUUGUUUUUGGAGAAUGAUAUACAAUUUGUGUAUAUUUUCAUAAAUAAAGUAUGCACUGAUAUGUUAUUACAAAUUCUAUACUGCUUUUACAAAAAAAAAGUGUUUGUUAUUGUACCAAAGUAUCCAUUGGUCCCCUCUUACCCGCCUCCCCUUUUUGCGUAUGUUUUACCGUAUUUUAUAUAUUAAAUAGACAAGUUGACCUACAGAAAAGUUUGACUUUGGCUCUUUUAUUUGUGACUGUCUGUUGUUCUGUCCUGUGCAGAGUUUGCAUGUUCUCCCUGUGUCAGCGUGGGUUUCCUCCAGGUGCUCCAGCUUCCUCCCACAGUCCAAAGACAUGCAGGUUAAUUGGUGACUCUAAAUUGUCCGUAGGUGUGAAUGUGAGUGUGAAUGGUUGUCUGUCUCUAUGUGUCAGCCCUGUGAUAGUCUGGUGACCUGUCCAGGGUGAACCCUGCCUCUCGCCCAGUGUCAGCUGGGAAAGGCUCCAGCACCUCCCGCGGCCCCUAACAGGAUAAGUGGUUACGGAAAUUAAUGAAUGACUCCAAAGUGCUUCUCCAAACUGGGGGCGCUCCAACCGACAUCUGCUGUAUGUAAUACACUGGAUAUGAAUAAGUACCCCAUACGACCCCACUUAAAUAAUCUGAACUCUCCCUUAAAGUCACGGUGUGUUCCGACCUGUGUGUGAUUUUUUUUUUUUUUUUUUUUGUCAAACUUUAGUUUUCUUUGCAAAAUCCAAAUGACAAGUCCGUGUCAGACAGCUGACGGUAUUGUAAUGCCCUUUAAUUUUGAAUGUUUACAUGAAGGUAAAUAGGAAAGAGAAUCUGACUGCAGCGGACGACACAGGGUGAGUUAGUUAGUGUUGGUCUUUCUGUGGAGCCGGAUCCACAGCUGUAAGCUGCUGUAGUGAAUGUAACGGCCAAACAACCAAGGACUAUUUACAUUUCAUUGUUCUGUUUUUUUUUUUCAUUUAAUUAUUAUUUAACCCAUUAAAUGUUUUUUUUUAAUGUGGAAAUGUCCCUCAGAAAGUCACAGAGCCAAAGGUUACAUCUCAGCUAAACAAUAUUGGAUUUUCGGUGAUGUAACAGAAAGAAAAGCAGCAAAUAAUUUCAUUUCUGAACCUGAACCAGUGAUGUUUUUGUUUUUUUGCCCAACUAUCGAUUAUCAAAAUUGUUGCUGAUAUAUUUAUUAUUGAUUGAGUUAUGGUUGUUGCAGUAUUCACUGGUUUCCUGCAGCGUCUAAAGUGUGAAUGCAGACGUCACCAGACUGCACCAACAGGCCACUGAAUGCAUUUUCCCAACAUAAUUUAAAAAUGUUUCAUAUGCUUUCAUUGUGUUAACCACGAGCUUUGGCUUUGCUUUACAAUCAUACAUUUAUUUUAAAGAGAGCUUGCCUCCAUUAUUCCAAUGUCCACACUCUGUAUGUGAUGAACUUGAUCUGGAUCAUAAUAAUGCUUCUGGGGAGCAGGGUGACAGUUUUCACUCGUAGUUAGUGUUCACAGUAAUCCAUAGUAAAGCCAGUGCAGGCUGCUUGUUGACUGUAAAUGAACUCUAGAUGCUGGUGUGCUACAGUACAAGGUUGAAAUGUAUUCAGAGUGAGAUAAAGCUUUAAAUAUCCAUUGCCAAGUAUUUCUGUACCAUAUCCACUUGCUGAUUGAUGAUAAAGCAUUAUGAUUUCUAUGGAUGCCAUAUCUUUCUGUUACCAUAUUCAGUUAUGUCUUUUUAAUUGGCAACAAGCCGACUAAUUUAAAUAUGCAGCAGGACAAUCUUGCAGCAGGCUGUUGUAUGAAUGAUGAUGUAAUGUUUGCAGGACUUGCACUAAAUGUUGGUUAGACUGACGUGUUCGAACUUUGAAUACAGGAAAUGAUAUCU